UUAACCAUCAAAGAUGGCAACGUUAUUUAGAUGUUGCUUUUGCCAAAGAGUUGAUUCAAAAUUACGCAAUUUUGAAAAAAAAGGUAAAUUAAUAUUUUGUAAGGAAAGCUGCAAUAAUAAAAGAUUGUCGGAUAACAAAAGAAAAAGUAAAACUGUUUUAAACAAGCAAAAGGGAGCUAAGUCGAAGAAAAAGUCCGGUAAAGGCAGAGGGAAAAAUACCAACGAAAAUAAACAAAAAAGUAUUGGAAAGGAUGAUGGCGGAUAUACCGAAACGUUAAACGAAAGAGGUGGAGAAAGUCAAGAAUGUGAAAGUAAAAUUGAAAGAAAAUUUCAUAAACCUGUCUCCGAGUCGGAAAAUGCUGCUGGGGAUUCGGUCGGACAGGCGUUUCCUAGUGGUCAUUCUAGCCACAUUGUAAAACAUAGUGACCAUAAUUAUAACCCGUCAGCUACAGAGGUUGCAAAUUCUACCAUGAUAGAUCAAGUUAAGAAAAUUUCCCUAGAAGUGACUAACGCCAACGAUUCCAUUCAACCAGUAAAAGGCAAAGAUAAGGAAGAUAAAAACAAGUGCGGUGAUUGUGCAAAGCCUAACUGCACAAAAUUGUGUAACCGUUGCAAGGGUACAUUUUACUGUUCCAAAGAAUGUCAACGAAAAGAUUGGUCCGUUCACAAAGAAAUAUGUGUGCAGAGACUUACAGAAGAAGAACAAGAAAUUUACAAAAUAUACGAGGAGAAAACGAGGCAACGAAGAGAUUACAAAAGAAGAUGUAAGGAGGUUACUGAGGAAACUGAUGGCUUGAACAACAUUAUAAUUGAUGAUUCUGAGGACAGCUUCGAUAGUUCGCUGGACAGAAUGUACCAGACGCUUCCACUGAAACAAGCUCUGAUAAUUGCGCCCGACCAGUGGGGUCAUUCGACACGGCAUUGUGUUUGACAAGAAUUUUAUUCCCCUGGUAUGACAUCAUAAUUGACUUUGAUGAUGUCCCUGAUGUCCCGUUACCAUUUUUUCUAUUUUUGAUGCAGCCUUCUAGAGUCGUGUUACUGGCUUUUAUAUACAGAUUCCACGACGAUGUGAUGAGACAUGGUGUUUAUAUUAAGGAUGCAAGCGACAAUAGGUGUAAGGUGGAGUUUGACCUUGACCAUAUCGGAGAUGAUCCUGCGCCACACUUUAGCUACUCCCAAGUGGAACCCGGUGCUUAUGUAUGUCUGCUAAAUCCUGUACUGCACCUACUCGGUGAUAGAACAUUAGUAAUUCGUGUAAAGAAUCCGAGAGCAGUUAAAAUUUUAUAAACAUUAGAAUGGGAAUGAUAUUAGACAAACGACAUGAUUUCUUUUGUUUGAUUUUACUGUUAAAAUAGAAACAUGCACUAUUAAAGGAACUCCACUUAGGAUUUUUGUACUACACAAAUAACUUGUAUGCAAAUUUUCAGAUGAUUCCCUCACCCCAUUAUUUUCAUAAUUAUUAUCAAUGACACAAAAAUAAAAAAAAAAAACGUUAUUUUCACUGAAAUCGGACUAAGAAUUGCACAACAAAUAGAUAUUCAUUCUUAUUCUGGGUGUAAUAUUUCUUUGUUAUCCUUUGUAGAUUUUUCCAUUUUAAGUGGUUCACUUGUAAGAAUUUUAAUUUUUAUAUUUUAAGGCAUUUUUACCCAAGUGGAGCUUCUUUAAAAUUCAAGAUAAAGGCAUUCUCUGUUGACUUCUCGCGAAAUUCUUGCUGUUAUUAAUGAUUCUGAAAAAAAAGAUAAUAAUUAUACAUGUAAUAAUAUUUUGAAAA